CAGGGAGAAGUCGAGAAAUGCCGGGCUGAUCGUGGAGAUGACGGGGUCAACGACCGUCAUCAAAGACCCCAACUCCGGGGAGGAGAAGAAGUUCAACUUCGACUACAGCUACUGGUCUCACGACGGCUGCAAAGAGAUGCCAGACGGCACCUUUGUCCCAGAUACGUCACACCCCAACGGGAAGAAAUUUGCUGAUCAGAAAAAAGUCUACCAGGAUCUAGGUGAGGGUGUGUUGAAGAACGCAUGGGACGGGUUCAACUCGACCUUGUUUGCCUACGGUCAGACCGGAUCCGGCAAAAGUUGGUCAAUCGUCGGCUAUGGCGUCAAUAAAGGCGUUGUCCCACUGUUCUGUGAGAACAUGUUUAAAGGAAUCGAUGAGAAGAAAAAAGCGGCUGACAAAACAGAAUAUGAGGUGACCUACAGCAUGCUAGAGAUCUACAACGAGCAGGUGAGAGACUUGUUGGACCCCAACGGUGGCAACAAGAGAGGGGGUCUUCGUAUCAGGCAGCACCCCAAGACGGGGUUCUAUGUGGAAGGUCUGAUUAUCGUCCCUGUCCAGAGCUACAAGGACAUCGAGACCAAGAUGGACGAGGGGACCAGAAACAGGACAGUGGCCGCCACUAACAUGAACGCCACUAGCAGCCGUGCCCACACAAUCGUGGGGAUCAACUUCAUCCAGAAGUUCAGGAACGCUGCAGGUGAAGACACGACAAAGUCUGCGGUGAUUAACCUCGUUGACUUGGCAGGCAGUGAGAGGGCAGAGAGUACUGGUGCCACAGGGGACAGGCUGAAAGAGGGCGCUGCUAUCAACCAAUCAUUGUCAUGUCUUGGCAACUGCAUUGCUGCUCUAGCGGAGAAAUCUGGCGGGAAGGAUGUCAAAGUACCAUUUCGAGACUCUGUUCUAACCAAACUGUUGAAAAAUGCUCUUGGUGGAAACAGCAAGACCAUAAUGAUUGCUGCCAUUAGUCCAGCAGAUAUCAACUUUGAUGAGUCUUUAUCAACCCUCAGAUAUGCUGAUCGAGCUAAACAGAUCAAGACAUCUGCCACUGUCAAUGAAGAUCCAACAGAGAAGCUGAUCAGAGAACUCCAGGAGGAGAAUGAGAAACUUAAAGCUAUGCUGGGAGGGGAGAUAAAGAUGGAGAAGUUGAAAGGUGAUCACGGUGAACUUGAUGAUGAAGGAAUGGAGGAAGAAUACAAGGUUAUGUUGGCUAACAAUGAAAAACAAAUGGAAGAAAUGAGGAAAUCUUUUGAAGAAAAGUUAAAAGAAGCACAGCAGGCAUCAGGUGAAAACACACAGGCCAUGAUAGCAGCGAAGAAGAAGAACACAGCCUACAUGUAUAACCUGAACACUGACCCUUUCCUGACUGGCCACAUCAUCAACUUCUUUGACACACCUGCUGAGAAGAUUGGCAAUGGGAAAGAUGAAGGGGAGACAGAGCUUGUGCUCACUGGUCCAGGCAUUGCACCCAAACAUGCAAUAGUGAGAAUGGAAGGUGACAAGUUCACCCUGGAGCCUGGUGAACCAAAUGUGAGACUCAUGCACAACGGGAAAGCUGUGGUGGAUAAGGUGGAGCUACAUCAUAACGACAGGGUGCUAUUUGGCACAACACAGUACUUUGUCUUCGUACACCCCAAAGAAAGAGAUGCGUCCAAGAAAACCUACCCAGAAGUCACAUUUGAAAUGGCCCAGAGUGAGAUAGCAAAGAACUCAGGCUUUGACAUCAGUGCAAACAAAUCCACUGAUGAAGCACUGCUGCAAGAGGAUGUUCUUGAUCUGAUGCCAGCUAUUGAAAAUGCUAACUCCAUCAGUGAAGAUCUGGACAAGAAAAUGAAAUUUGAGUUGAUGGUAGUCUCCCCUGAAGCAAGGGGAGAACUUGCAGGCAGAACUCAGGUGAUGAUUCGUGUAAUCAAUCUGGAAACCAAACAUGAGUGGGUGUGGCCCAGGGAAAAAUUCCUGAACAGAAAAUUUGUCAUGCAGGAAAUGUACCAGAAUUUUUUGGACAACGAGGAAUGGGAUUUGCCUAAGGAGAAAGAUCCUUUUGAUGAAGAUUAUUCUGCAGAUUUCCAUAUUGGCUCAGUAAAAGUAUGGAUGCAGUCUUUGUCUUUCAUGAUUGAAUCUAAAGUGCAGUUAGAGAUCACAGAUUACAGGGGAAAGAAUGUGGGACUAUUAAAUGUUGAGGUCAUCCCAUGUGACCCCAAAGGUAAAGAGUUCACAGACAAAGAUGAUGUUUACCUGGAGGACACCCAACAGCUGAUUGAUAAACCUGUCAAUUUCGUUUUUAAGAUCAUCAGCGCUAGAGGUCUUCCCAGUCAUUUUACUGAUGUGUAUGCCAAAUAUUUAGUCUACAAGGAGGAGAGUUUCACCAGCACAGACGUUGUCAAGAACACAGCCAACCCAGACUGGAACCACAAGAGAGUUCUCUGUUUUCCUAAAGCUGAUGAAGAGCUUUUGAAAUUCCUUAAAGAAAGUGCAGUCAUGGUGCAGAUCUGGGGCAAGCAAAAACCUCCAAAAGAGAAAAAAAAUGUCAACACAAAAAUGGCCAUACUUGCCCAGGCUAAAGCCAAAGGUGGCAUAGCAGCUGCUAAUGAUAACCAGAAGAGGUUUGAUGCUGAUAAAGUCAAAUAUAUGAUGGAGGUUACAAUGCUUAAAAAAAGGCAAGAAAAAAUGGAAGCUAAGUUGAGACACAUAAAACAAAUGUUGGAGGCUGCGCUGGAACAUAAGAAGAAGAGAAUAUCCACAGACCUGAUCUCCCAGAUCUACAACGCUGGCACUGAGGACCAGGCACAGAAAUGUAUCAAGCUGGUCCCCAAGGAAAAAGAUGAUGAUGAUGAUGACGACUCCUCAGGUGAUGAAGAAAAGGAUUCCAAAAAAUCUGGCCAUCACAAAGAAAAAGACCAUCAAAAGGAAAAAGACCAACACAAGGAAAAAGAAAAAGAUCAUCACAAGGAAAAUGACCAACACAAAGAAAAAGAAAAAGACCAUCACAAAGAAAAAGACCAACACAAGGAAAAAGAAAAAGACCAUCAUAAGGAAAAAGAAAAUGACCAUCACAAACAUGAAUCUAAGCCACCAGCAAGUCCCAGUACAAAGAGUAAAAAAUCCUCCUUUUGCAUACUGCUCUAAGCAAUACUUGUUUUGUUGAAAUAGCUAGUCAAAAGAUUGGAUUGUUUUCUUUAAAUAAUUUCACUUUUGAACAAUUUUAAAGUAAUAUAAGUUAUUACAACCUAUCUUCUAUUAAUCUUAGAAUUGUUUUGAAUUAUGUAAUUAAAAGUUAAUUUAUGUUUAUUGUUUUAUAUAUUUACACUUCUGUUUUCCUGUGCACAAUUUUCAAUCAGAUAAUAUUUUAUAAUUAGUUUUUUUUUUAAAUUCAUUUUACUUGGUUUAUCUUUUUAAAAGUACAGUUUUAAAAAUAAAAUUGUAUAUAUUUAUAUAAGCUAACUGUGAUUUCAAUAUUGUAAAUAAAAUAUUAAAUAACAUUUAUUUGUCGAUAAUUGAAAAAAAAUCAACUUACAAUUUUUAAUUUUUUAAAUAAAACACCAAAAAU